AUGCGAGUCUUCGUCACCGGUGCCACUGGCUUCAUUGGUCAAGCAGUUGUCCAAGAGCUUCUUGACGCAGGCCAUAAAGUCAUUGGACUCGCUCGCUCGGAGGAAUCGGCUACUGCACUGCAAGCGAAGGGUGUUGAUGUCAUCCGCGGAUCUCUCGAAGACAUCGAAAGUCUCAAGCGCGGAGCAAGAGAAGCCGAUGGAGUCAUCAAUCUGGCCUUCAAUCAUGACUUUACCAAAUAUGAAGAAAACACCAACACCGAGUAUGCAGCUAUUCAGGCUAUUGGCGCUACUCUGGUUGGGACCAACAAACCUUUCGUUAUCACUAUGGGUACCCUAAUCUUGCCUAAGGGCAAAUUGGGUGUCGAGGAAUCGGUCAUCGACUAUGACGAUGCCAUGAACGUGCGCGCUAAAAGUGAGAAGGAGGUGGAUAUUCUUGCAGCCCAGGGUGUACGCGCCUCGGUAGUCCGGCUUUCGCCAACAGUACAUGGCCCUGGCGACCUCGCGUUUAUCAAUAUGCUUGCCCAGAUUGCUCGUGGAAAUGGCGAGGCGGCGUAUAUUGGCAAUGGGCUCAACCGUUGGCCAGCUGUUCAUCGUCUUGAUGCUGCACGUCUAUUUCGCCUGGCUACUGAGAAAGGUGUUGCAGGAGGGCGGUAUCAUGCGGCUGCGGAAGAGGGCAUCCCAUUCAAGAAUAUUGCGGAAGCUCUGGGUCAAAGUCUGGGUCUUCCAGUAGUGUCAAAGACACCUGAAGAGGCACCAGCAUACUUCAGAGGCUUUAUUGCCGCCCUUGCUGGUGUGGAUAACCCUACUUCUAGCACGAAGACUCGGGAAACACUCGGAUGGAAGCCUUCCGAGUCGACUCUCCUCGAAGAUAUCAAGUCAGGACUAUACAAUGAUGCAAAGAGCACAAGCCUUUCCGUUUAG